AUGGUUGAAUCGAUCUAUGCCAACUACCCUCCCCAGCUGUCUCCUGAACAGCAGGAGUAUUUGGUUACAGUCAGUAAAGAUUGGGCUAUUCAAAAUGGUUUGGCAGUUCGCCCAUCACCUGCGAUUUUCCCCAAGAGCGCAGAUCCCAACUCGGUAUUAGCAACCAAUGCACCGGUUUCACUUUUCCCAAGCCCAUUCCCAAAGGCUUGUUUUGAGGAGGCCCAGGCCUUGCAAACUGUAUAUAAUCAAUUAUAUGCAGCAAUCACAGUCAAUGAAGACUGGCUAGGGAAGAUCAUCGAAGACCUCACCGACGUUGAUGACUUUGUUGCGAAUCUAUGGAAAACUCAUCUGGCUGUGAAGAAGGAGGGCUAUGUCCAAAACCUGUCACUGGGGCUUUACCGUUCCGACUAUAUGGCUCAUGUCACCCCGAACCAUGCUCCGGCUCUAAAGCAGGUUGAAUUCAACACCAUAUCUUCCUCAUUUGGUGGCCUGUCGGCUCUCGUGAGAUCGUUACAUACCGACCUUUUGAACUCACCGCUUUGUUACCCGCCUCAUCCUCUCCUGCAAUCCGGAACACCGCCCGAUAACACCGCUGUUGAAACCCUCUCUGGAGGUCUUGCAGAAGCCCACAAAGCUUACGGCUUGUCAAAGUCCUCACCAGAGGUUCCUUUGUGUAUUCUGUUCAUCGUUCAAGACGGGGAACGGAACGUGUUUGAUCAAUUGGCCAUCUCAAAGCGACUUGAAAGCUUUCACAAAAUCCCUACCUUCCGCGUGAAAAGCAACGAAAUUUUAAAUCAGACUUCCAUUCCUGCCACAGACCCUUCUCGGCCAUUAAUCUACCACCCGCCUCACUCGCCAGCCUCUGCUUUUGAAGUCACAACCGUCUAUCUUCGUGCGUACUACUCUCCCGACGAAUACACUUCCAACCGUGAUUGGGAAGCCCGGGCCCACUUGGAACGCUCUGCAGCUAUAAAAUGCCCUACCGUGCUCAAUCAAUUGGCUGGUUGCAAGAAGAUUCAGCAAGUACUGGCAGAGCCGACUGGGCCCGAUCACCUGUCCAGCUUCUUGAAAGACGUGGACCCUGCCAUUAUCAAGAGACUACGGGAAACAUUUGCCCCGCAGUAUGAUCUCUCCGCUAGCGGACAAGGAAGGGAUUUGGCUCUCAAUCCUGAAACUGCGAUGAAUCAUGUCUUGAAACCACAACGUGAGGGCGGAGGUAACAACAUCUACAAGGCGGAGAUUCCAGGCUAUUUGCGCUCCCUUCCCGAAUCCGAUUGGAAGGGUUGGGUUUUGAUGGAGUUGAUCAACCCUGCGGCCAAUGCUGAGAAUAUUGCACUGCGAAAUGACGGAGAGGUCCUUCGCGGAAAUGUCAUUUCCGAGUUAGGAGUUUAUGGCACCAUUUUGUGGGAAAACACUGGAAAGAUUCUUCACAACGAUGAAGGUGGAUGGCUUUUGCGCACAAAGGGGAAAGAGGUUAAUGAAGGAGGAGUUGCCGCUGGUUUCUCUAGCCUGGAUAGUGUCAUUCUUUACUAG